GCCUCCUUUUCGCGGGAGAUCCUCUUGCUUUCCCUCCAAAUACCCGAAGCUUCUCGCCCUUUCCUUCCCCCACUUCGCGGUGUUCGAGGAGAGAGCCAUGGCGAGCGGCGGCUGGCGGCGGCGGCGGGGUAAGGCGAAGCGGAAGACCAAGUACCUCAGCCUGAGCCGCCACCUCAAUGCCAUGGGGGUGAAGGAGGUGAAGGAGGAGGACGGCUCGACCGAAUCUAUGGCGUCGCCGUUGUUGUUGGAGUUUUCCCCUUCGGUUUCGCCGGUGGCGGCGGAGGAAGAGGGGGACGGUGGCGGGGAGGAGCAGCAGAUGGAGCCGUUCGCGCUGCAUCCGGAGGCCACGCUGUUCGCGGCGGCGCCGUCGCUCACCGACAUCCUCGGCGCCGCCUCCCCUUCCUCUGGCGGAGGAGGGGGCUCGCCGCCGUCGUGUGCGCCCUCACCGGACGCCGCCUCCGGAGGGUUCGAGGGCGAGGAGGAGGAGGCAGAGAACCUGGCGCGGCGCGCGCUCCGGGGGAGGGAGCGGUGGGUGUACUGCAGCAGGAGCACCUCCUCUUCUUCCUCCCCGCCGACCACCACGACGUCGUCCUCGUGCUCCUCGGCCGCCAGUACGGGUGCCGCCGCCUGGUCUUCUUCUUCUUCGCCGCCGCCGCGGCUGAAGCUCGACUACGACGGGAUCCUGUCCGCCUGGAACGGCCGGGGGUCGCUCUACACCGCCGCCGCCGCCGCGCCGAAGCUCGAGCCCGAGCUGCUCGAUUCGGUAAUCAAGGCUAAUCGAAGAAAACCCCAUCCCCCUGUUUGGUCUUCUCUUCUGGGCCGUAGAUGUUCUUCCCGGAGGCGAGCAGCCGUGACUCUGGGGAUGGCUGUGCAGGUGUUCGUCGAGGUGGCGCCGUCGGCGUGGAGCGCGCCGGAGACGGAGAGGGCGGCGGCGGCGCGGGGGAGGGCCGAGAGGGUGCGGCGGUACAAGGAGAAGCGGCAGGCGCGGCUAUUCUCCAAGCGGAUCCGCUACGAGGUUCGCCGGAUCAAUGCCGUCCGGCGGCCGCGCUUCAAGGGCCGUUUCAUCAAGGAGACGGAAUUAGGCACGGCCGCAAUGGCGGGUGCUAACGGCGGCGAGUUUGAGCCGGCGGCAUCGUAGCCGCCGUUCUCCUUUCUCCACUGUCACAAGGAUGGAAGAAGGUGAUGCGUCUGUGCAUUCCUUCCUUCGGUUGUAAAUGCCCAGGUUAGUCUCCAGGAGAGCUGCAUUGCAAUGCAGUGCCCAAAUCUGAAUCUGAUUGCCGUGCCAAUCUGCAAAUCAAAGGUGAAACAAGCUUCAGGUGCAAAUGCAAUGUGGAUCAUGCGCGCUAUUACUUGCUAUGCUAGGCAUGCAGGGAUGAAGAGUAUUGCUAGCACCUAGAACUCCGAUCAAAUUUCGACCAAUCUGGCGAUACAAUUCUGUGAAUGAUGGAUUCGUUCUUCUGCACACUAUUUUUUUUUCUCUUUGUUGGAAGGAUCCUACGAUGUUCAGUUGCUCAGCUGCAGUUCAUCAAAGUUGUUAAUUAAUGCUGCUCAUUCCAUUUUAUGAGAAACCCUGCUGAUUUUGUUUUGA